GGCUCAAGUGACUGCACGUGAGACAUAAAAAUAGAAUGACUUGUCACACUGCAGGGAGGGUCUCAUACCGAAAAAUCAAAACAACCCUGGGAACAACCGGCAGGACAUUAGCCAGAGAGAGUGAAACAGAGACAGGGAGACAGGCCUAUUCAGAAGGUCUCCCGCAAUUUAUCAUACACGCCACUCGUCUCUACUUUAGGCUAAACCGUGCAGCAUGUCGCGAGGCAGCUUUGUCUUCACACCCACUGCCCUGCGUGCUCUUGAACUUGAAGAGGACAUGCUAGAGCGAUACAAGUACAAGAGGCAGAUGGCGUACAAUCAGCUCAAUAGCUAUAUGUUGAAGAAGGAGGCCAGGGACAGGGAAGUGCUGAAGUCCAGCACUGCUCGCCCUCCAGCAAUGUGCCAAGAUGUGGUUGUUCAGAACGCUCUGUAUACAGGAGACUUGGAGGCUAUGCAGCAACUCUUUCCUAGAGGCUCCACAGCAAACUUCAUCGUUGAGCCACAGGGAGGGGACAUGCACUGGGUCGCCAGAGGGGAAGGAUUAUGGUCACUGACUUACGAGCAGGAACUGACCACACCGCUUCACAUCACAGCUGGUCGAGGUUUCGCAGACUGCCUGAAACUCCUGCUGCAACGCGGGGCCAACGUAGACCUGGCACCAGGUGGCACGACUGCCCUCCACGAGUCCUGCGCAAACUGCCAGCCAGAGUGUACCAAGCUGCUGCUGAGCCACGGCGCCAACGCCAAUGGCGUCUCCGAAGAUGGCCUCAUGCCUCUGCACGUUUGCACAAGCCCAGAAUCUCUUGAAUGUGCCAAAUAUCUCCUUCAGUACGGUGCGGCGAUCAACGGUCGCACUUUUGAUGAAGAUAACACUCCCUUACAUUUGGCGGCCAGGAACGGCCUCCCUGACCACUCUGAGCUCUACCUACGCUACGGAGCGGCUGUGGACAAACCCAACAAAGAGGGUCUCACGCCCCUGAACGCGGCAUGCUCUCAGCCCCAGGAGGUGCAGAAGCUCCAGCGUUACUUCAAGGUGUGCCAGCUGCUGAUGGCAGCCGGGGCUGACGUCCACACCAUGGACCAGGACAAACACAAUCCUUUGCACAUGGCCUGCAAGAAUGCAAAUCCAGACAUAGUGGAUCUGCUCCUGGCUAACGGGGCCUGUGUCAACGACAUGGACUACGGCGGCGAGGCUCCCAUGCACAACAUCCUGAAGGUGGUCAGCUACAAGGUUUCCCAUCACCCCGAGAGGAUCGUUCGUGCUCUGCUCAACCACGGUUCUAUCCGGGUGUGGCCUGGAGCUCUGCCCCUGGUUCUGAAGUACUGCUCUGAAUCUCCACGCACCAUCGAGGUUCUUCUGAACGCCUACAGUCGCCUCAAGGUCACAGACACCUGGGUGGAGUCCGUCUCCACAGAGGUGUUCAAGGAGCACAAGGAGUUCUACGAGUCGGUCUUCUCCUUGGCGCUGACUCCUCGCUCCCUGCAGCACUUGGCUCGCUGCAGACUCAGGAUCCUCCUGGAGGGCCGAGUGCACAAGGUGGUCCCCAAACUGCACCUUCCCACCUUCAUCCAGAACUACCUGCUCCUGGAGUACAGAGGCUAUGUCCACUGAAAAGUGUUGUGCAGCCUUUUGGUGUGAGACUGUUGCAGCAUGAAUCAAUACUCUAUUAUUAUUAUUAUUUUGCCACUAAAGCUUUCAGGAGGAAGAAGCUGCUUUUUCCUCUCACUUUUCUUCCAGAUCAAUCUUUAAGCACAGCUACGUGGUUCAUUUUAUACCACAAGAGGGAGCUCUAGCCCUGAGUUGACAAAGUCCUGUAUACUAUAGCAAGUAUGCAACUGUGUUUUAUAUUUUAUUAACUGCGUGAUCACAUUGUUGUUGUUGUUUUUUUACUUUUGCACUUCAUAGUAAAGAGGCGAACAUGCUUGUAUUUUUAUAAAUGAUAAUUCAUAUUAAUUAAUUUAGUUUAAUCUUAAUUUCCAGAGUAAUGAUGCGUUUAACAUAGUUGACUAACAUCAAAUAUUUGCAUAAAUAAUUAAUAUUUGCACCAAUAUGAUUGUGAUAAGGUGUUUUCUAUCAAAAUUGGGCCAACAAAAUACAAUAAAAUGUUCCAAAAUGGCCAAAUAAUCUAGUCAAUUUUUUUUUAAUUCUUAUUCUCAUACUAUAUUUUCUCUCUAUCGUCUCUUAUGCUUCUGCUUGUCAGGUGCUUCAUGUUUACUGGUUGUUCUUCAUCAAUGUACGUUUUUAUGGAGAAAAAAAAAUCAUGAUACGAAAUUUAUUUAAAAAAAACAAUCCAUUGUAUUAAAGCAAUAUUUAAGUUUAUAAAAGUGACAUCAAGUUUUAAAUUAUAAGUUAAAUUGCAGAAGCUCUCGAUCAUGUUAAAUAAUUACGUUUUGGACGGAUUGUGAUGUGCUUUUAUGAAAUGGCAGAUAAUCUUAUAUUUGAUCAUUGGAUUAAAAAGAAAAAAGACAGUUAGCCUACACCCUUCUAAUUUCUCUCUUAGUGCUUUGCAAAAGCAAAUUAAUUGUGGAUGAUGAUAUGUGUAUAUGGUUUAUGAUUUACAUUAUAAAGAAAAUUGAGUUAAAAAUGUAAA